AUGGACACACGCCAGCAGGCUACAGACCUGAAUGGUCCUAUACUCUCCUCAGAUUCGCAACAGGGUGUUGAUCUCGAGAUGAAUCCUACCCAAGCGACACGAGGAACUGAAUCCCAGACAAAUCCCAAGACCGCUGACGAAGGCAAUAAGGAUUAUUACCUCGUCAAAUGGGACAGGAACGACCCCGCCAACCCGAAGAGUUGGAACCCGUAUUACAAAGCCUGGUUGACGCUGCAGAUGGCCCUGUUAGCUUUUGUCGGAUCGUUCGGUGCUUCAAUCCCUUCUCCCGCGCAAGAAGUCCUCCAGAAAGAAUUCCAUGUCAGUAUCGAAACAACCGUCCUCGUGGUGUCGCUAUUCGUCCUGGGUUACGCGUUCGGUCCGAUGAUCUGGGCGCCAGUUGGUGAAGUCUAUGGUCGCAGACUCUCUAUGCUGCCGGCGGUCUUCAUCCUUGGCCUCUUCAGUAUUGGCACGGCAGUGAGCCAGGGUGCGACCGCCGUGUUCCUCACCCGCUUUUUUGGGGGACUGUUCGCCUCGGCGCCGAUCAGCAACGUCUCCGCCGCGAUUGGGGACAUUUACGACCCUAGGACGAGAGGUGUACCGAUGGCACUCAUGGCCUUUUGUGUUGUUGGAGGGCCGUGCAUUGCACCUUUGGUUGGUGCGGCCAUAGUGGUGAAUCCGCACCUUGGAUGGCGAUGGACCGAGUAUAUCCAAGCUAUCAUCACCUUCGCCGUCGUUGGUCUCACCUCUUUCGCAUUACCUGAAACGUACCACCCCGUUUUACUUAAGCAGAAAGCACGCUGUCUUCGCAAGGACACCGGCGAUGAGCGCUACUGGCAUCCGCACGAAGCUGAAAAGAUUAAUGUCAAUAACAUCUUGAUCAAGUAUAUAAGUCGCCCUGCUCGAAUGCUCAUCAUGGAGCCCAUGGUCACCUGCAUUGCUGUGUACGCAUCGUUUGUCUACGGCCUUCUCUUCUUUCAGCUGGAAUCGUUCCCUGUCGUAUUCGGGCUCAUACGCAAGUACUCCACCGUUGUAUCAACACUGCCGUUUCUGGGCCUGUUCACAGGCGUCCUGUUCGCCCUCGUUAUCAACUUCGCAAAUCAACCCCUAUACGCAAAGGCGCUCUCGCGAAACCAAGGCCGGGCAGUGCCAGAAGCGAGACUACCGCCCAUGCUGGCCGGAGGCGUCCUCUUCUCCACCGGUAUCUUCUGGUUCGGUUGGACCGCAGACCCCGGGUAUUCCUGGGUCUUACCGACGAUUGCGGCAGUGUUUGAAUUACCUCGCGGACACUUACGGACCCUUGGCCGCGAGCGCGAUGGCUGGGAACACCUUUUUGAGGUCGUUACUGGCGUGCGGGUUGCCUUUGGCGGCACGGCCACUCUUUCUCAACCUGGGCGUCGGGCCGGCUUCGAGUAUAUUGGGCGGAAUCUCCUGCGUAGCGAUCCCAAUCCCUUUGGUAUUCAUGAAAUAUGGGAAGCGUUUGCGAAGCAGGUCGAGAUUUACACCGUCGGUUGCAGAUUAGCGAGGGAAACGCGAGCUGGGACGGGUCCGACCUGGGAGCAAGGUAGAGAUACUGCAAUCAGAGUGUGGCACUUCACAGAGGAAGAUCUAUAG